GGAGCCACCAAAGUGACUGAGUUACAUCAUUCCGCUCAAACAACAGCAUCGUUCUUGUUCUUUUUAACUAUAGAGACAAUUACCUAAGUUCCCAUGAUUAUCAGCAAACAACGCUGAUCGCAAUUGAGACAACAACCACCCUCCCUCUAUUCCCGAUAAAAUGCGAGCACACAUUUGCCAAAAAUGCCUAGCACCCUCGAAGUUCCUCCUUCUUCAUAACACCAACACCACCACCUCCCCACUCAUACGUCGGGCGCUUCCAGCCAUUACAGCGAGAAGAACCUUCCUCACGGCCUUCCGCAAGACGACCGUGGAGAAGGAUGGAGAAGUUCGCCCUCCACUCCCAUCGGAAUCGGCCUCCCCGAGCGAUCAUUCGCUCUACGAACGCUCGGAGGGAACGAGGGUUUUGCUGAAACCAAACAACCUGUUUCACCCCAUGGACGAAUCACCUUCUCCCUCCAUGCGUGAGCGAGCGGCCAACAUCAAGCGGACCGCCUAUUGUCCACACCCGCAUCAUAGAGCUGCGAGUUCCCCAUCGCACAUCAAGUUUACUUGCCCCGACUGCGGAAUUCCUGCUUAUUGUUCGGAGGAGCACUGGGCUGAGGAUUACCAGAACCAUAUGCUUAUCUGUGAUGCUCUGAGGGAAGCGAAUGAGGAUGAUCAUGACUUGAGGAGUGGGAGGUUCUUCCCCGAGUUUGAAUAUCCAGGGGAACAGAUGGACGAGGCUUUGAUCAAUUUUACGAAUUGGGAUACUCUGUUGUACACCAGGGACUAUAAAGCUAUUAACGACGAAAGAUCCCUGAGGCAGGUUACGAAGUUGUUGACAUAUCCGAUCACUGUCGCGAGCUUUAUGCAUGAGUUGAGCCCUUACGAUAUGAGGCACAGAUUGACUAUGGAGGGACUGAAGAGUGUUAGCGCACUACGUUACACUCUACAUCCACCCCGCGUAGGUGCUGGAAAGGACAUUAAAGGAAUUCGGGUUACUCCACCUCCGGUCCGCCUGUUCAUUCUUGGUGCUCGCUCAGAGUCUUCUCUUCCCCGAGAAGUUUGGCAUCAACUCACUCACAUGUUCCCGCUCUCCACUUUCCACCUUGUCUUCAUCGGGCCACAAUCUAUGAUGAACCGGGACGCCGAACUCCCACUUCCUGACCGAACCCCGGCAAACCCGUUUGGUGCAGUGGUGGAACGAGUGUCCCACAACAUGAAGGUCUCGACCUUCGUAGAGUAUUACCAUACUCUCCAUGACACUGGCAUAUUCAACCCGUAUGAUCCGUACUUUGACAUGUUUGUUUUAUUCCAUCCAGGUUUGGGUCAUCCGGGGAGUGCAGCAGAGUGGGAGAGCACCCUUCCACGAUUGCUCGACACAAAAUGUGCAAUUCUGUGUACAGGAUACACGGAGGAGGACAUGAACCGUGAUGUCGAUUGGGUCCAUGAUAAGUGCAAGGGAGAAUUUGAUGUAUUGCUGGAGCCUGGAGAGAACAAGUUCCGUAGCAUGAGGUGGGAUAUUAAUGAUGGGGACCCUUCGGAACUGAGCCAGGGUAAUUGGGGAAUAUGGUCAUUCAGAGGCAAGAGAUAUGAGGCCGUCAAGCAAGAUAUCGGGACCAUAUAAUCUGCAGGGACGUGCGCUUCCGGGUUGUAAAUAGUGAGAGCUAGGCCGAAAACGGUAUUUAGGUGGGGAAAGUUCUAUCCCAUAACC